AAGUGAACUAACUAGUUUUGUUUUGUCAAAAUACAUAAGGCUUUGACCUUGCAUUUCCAUAUCUAUCUAUCUAUCUUAUAACACCCAAGGUUGCUUUACAAACAACUAAACACCCCUAAAACCCUUAAAAAGUUAAAAUAAAAGAACAAUAUCGUGUGAAGAUGGAAAAAACCCCGAAAAUCUUCACAUAAUAAAGUUUGUCUAAUAAGUCCUGUUUGUCAGUGAACCGUCUGUAGUUUACAAAGUCUGCUGCAAUCCCACAAUCCGUUUCAGCCUCCCUGCUCUCAGCCCGCCGUGUGGAGAAGUUUUAGUUGUAUACCCACUUUAUUGAUCACCUGUCUCCAGCUUGGCCAUGGCUCAAGAGGAUAAAGUGGAGAAAGUAAAGGUGAAGAAAGCCAAAGAGGCAGCGCUGAGUGAUGACCUUUCCAGCCGAGACGCACACCUGAAAAUCAAGAAGGUGAAGGCCAAAUCCACUGAGAAAUCCCAACGGGGACAGAAGGGCACAAAGCAGCAUGAGGUCAAGAGUCCUAAAAAGGAGAGUACAGACUUUGAAAUAGCUGAUGAUAAAAGGUUUAAGGAGGAGGCAAAUGAUGGUGACUUUAUGCCAGAAGAGAAAGGGAAGAAAAGGAAAAGAAAGCUGGAGUCAGUUGAUGGUUUUUCUAGCUCCACUGCACUUUCUGUCAGGCCUAAGAAGAAGAAAAAAGUCCCGCAGGAUGGAGAAGGAAGCUCUGGUCCAGAGAAAAAGAAGAGAAAGUCGGAAGCAAAAAAUAAGAAAGUAAAGAAGGAGGAAGAGGAGCAUCCUGUCUCAGCGAAGAAGAAGAAGAAGACGAAGGAGGAGAUCGAGGCAGCCAGGGCCCUCAAGAUCAAGAAGAAGGAGGAAGAGGAGCAGCAGCGAUGGCGUUGGUGGGAGGAGGAGAAAUAUGAAGAUGGUAUCAAGUGGAAGUUUCUAGAGCACAAGGGGCCUUAUUUCCCUCCUGAGUACCAGCCGCUCCCAGACAACGUGAAGUUCUACUAUGAUGGCAAGCCUGUAAAGCUGAGCUUGGCUGCAGAGGAAGUGGCUUUGUUCUUCGCUCAGAUGCUGGAUCAUGAGUACACCACUAAAGAUGUAUUUCGUGACAACUUCUUCAAAGAUUGGAGGAAGGAGAUGACUCUGGAAGAACGGAUGCUGAUCAAUGACCUCAAUAAGUGUGACUUUGGAGAGCUGCAUGCCAUGCACCGGGAGAAAGUGGAGGCAAGGAAGAACAUGAGCAAAGAAGACAAACUGGUUAUUAAAGAGGCCAAUCAGAAGAUUCUGGAGGAGUAUGGCUACUGUAUGUUGGACCACCAUAGGGAGCGCAUCGGCAACUUUAAGAUUGAGCCUCCAGCGCUGUUCCGAGGCAGAGGAGACCAUCCUAAACAGGGCAUGCUUAAGAAGAGGAUCCAGCCGGAGGACGUUAUCAUCAACUGCAGCCGUGAUUCCCGUAUCCCAGAGCCCCCUGCUGGUCACAGCUGGAAGGAGGUACGACACGACAACACGGUAACCUGGUUGGCCAGCUGGACUGAGAACGUCCAGGGUUCCUGCAAAUACGUCAUGCUCAACGCAAACUCCAAACUCAAGGGAGAGAAGGACUGGGAGAAAUACGAAGUGGCUCGCAAGCUGAAGACGUGUGUGGAUGCGAUCCGAGCCCAGUACCAGGAAGAUCUGAAGUCCAAACAGAUGGGAACACGGCAGAGAGCUGUAGCCCUCUAUUUCAUCGACAAGCUGGCUCUGAGAGCAGGUAAUGAAAAGGAAGAGGGGGAGACGGCAGACACAGUGGGUUGCUGCUCUCUGCGUGUCGAGCACAUUACCUUACACGACGCACUCGAUGGAGAGAAAUAUGUGGUGGAGUUUGACUUCCUGGGUAAAGAUUGCAUCCGUUACUACAACAAGGUUCCUGUCUCGAAAAGGGUCUUCAAAAACCUCAAGCUUUUUAUGCAGAACAAGCAAGAAGGAGACGACCUGUUUGAUCGAUUAAAUACUGCGAUGUUGAAUAAGCAUCUGAGUUCUCUGAUGCCUGGUCUUACAGCCAAGGUUUUUAGGACAUACAACGCCUCCAUGACACUGCAGCAGCAGCUCAAAGAGCUCAGCAAUCCUUCAGAUAACCAGGUGGAGAAGCUGCUGUCCUAUAACAGAGCGAACCGUGCGGUUGCAGUUCUCUGUAACCAUCAGCGGGCGCCGCCAAAGACCUUCGAGCAGUCCAUGGCCAACCUGCAGGCUAAGAUUGAGAGUAGGAAAGAGCAGCUAGCGCUUGCUAAAAAGGAGCUGAAGCAGGCCAAGAAGGAAGCCAAAGGGAGCUCAGACAGCAAACUACUGGCUGUGGUAGAGAAGAAGAAGAAGGCAGUGCAGCGCUGUGAAGAGCAGCUGCUCAGGAUGGAGGUUCAGGCUACAGACCGAGAAGAGAACAAGCAGAUAGCCCUCGGCACCUCCAAACUAAACUAUCUGGACCCACGCAUUAGUGUGGCCUGGUGCAAGAACAUGGAGGUGUCAUUGGAUAAAAUUUAUAACAAGACUCAGAGGGAUAAGUUUGCCUGGGCCAUUGACAUGACGGAGCUAGACUUUGUGUUUUAAUCCCACACCUUGUAUUUACAGUUCCAGUUAAAUCUUCACGUUUUUUUAUACAAGCACUUAGACGCACAUUUUAGCAUAAAUUCUUACAAGCUGUUUUUAAAUGCUGUUGGUUUAUUGUUUUUUUUUUUUAUAUAAAUUCAGCAACUGAAUUGUUUUUUUACUAUCUGUUUCAAUAAAUAGUUGUAUGUUUCCUA